GCUUUAUAUCUCAAUAAAAUGGUUCGUAUGGCAGCUGAUGUGUCGCAGGACUGGAACCCUGUGGUUCUCAACAAGGGUCGGCCGAAGAACCCAGCGAGCAGGACUGCAGUAAACGACGCCAGGAGGACUGGUCAAGACGUUGAAGUGACCGCUAAGUGGCGUGGUGGACAGAACAUGAGUACCAAGGAGGGACUUCCUGCCAACGCUGCCAAGCUCGAUCAGGACAACGCUGUGUACAAGCAUCCUCAUAUCAGCACUGAGUUCCGACACGCCCUUCAGCAGGCCAGGUUGGCUAAGAAGAUGAGUCAAGCUGAUCUUGCUAAGGCAAUCAACGAGAAGCCCACCGUCAUUAAUGAGUAUGAGUCUGGCAAGGCUAUCCCUAACGGAGCCAUCAUCAGCAAGCUCAACAGGAUUCUUGGUACUCGACUGCCCAAGGCCAAGGCCGGCAACUAAAUGAGCCUCCACUGCAUGGAAUGUUAAGAGAAGCUCGAUAGUUUAGGCCCCGUAACUAUACAGUUGCUAUCAUUAUUGAUGGGGAAUGAGUUGACAUUUACCUCUCAAGACACUUUCCCUGCUCCUCUCG